AUGCCCACCAACGAGUCCACCACCCCCAUCAUCACCACCUCCCCCCUCUCCCUCUGGAACAACGUCGCCCCCCGCGUCUACACCUCCCGCGCCCUCUGCUUUCCCUUCUCCGCCCCCGCCCGUAACCUCCUCGACCCCCUCUCCUACACCUCCACCCUCCUCUGGUUCCUGCGCAUCCACCUCCUUUGCAUCGCCAAAGCCCGACCCACCUUUGCCGGCAAACUUCAGCUUGGAGUCAACCUUUUGUCAGACGAAAAAGGGAAACUCAGGCGAGACGGUGUCUAUAAUGAUUGGCAUGUUUACUUGCGGACUUGUUCGCAGUGGGAAAUCCCUUUGGGGGUGGAGUGGCCGGAUGAUGAAGAGGUGAGGGGGAUGUAUGCCGGUCUGGAGGUUGAGGGGGUUUGUAAAAGGGAAGUGAAAGGUUGGCCGAGGGAGUAUUUGAGUUAUGAUGAACUGAAGAGGGCGGGGUUUCCGGUGAAGCCGUUUAUCAAUCCUCAACUGACGGAUUCGUCGUCGACGCUUGAGGAGGGCGGGGAAGCGGUGCCUGUUGUUCAGGUCAGGGUAUUGUUGUUGAGAGGUGGGUUUGUUCUGAAUGUUCUGGGACAUCAUACGAUGUUCGAUGGAGGGGCGUUUACCCAGUUCUUGAACAUCUUUGCUGAGCAUACGACGAGUUUGAGUUUCGAGUGGGAGAAGGUUCCGGGGAGCCAUGACUUGCGGUUGACUUUGCCGGGGAUCGAGAAGCCGUAUGAGGAGCUGAUGGCGAAGUGUCCCGAGUACAAAGAGUGGGAAGAUCAAGCGCCCAAUGGCCCUACGCACCCCGUCUCUCCCAGUCUGCGCGACGGCGACUCUUUGACCGGUUCUUCAAAAAUCUUUGUCUUCACCUUUGCUAGAAUCGCCCAGCUCCAGAAGGAAAUCGCGACUCAUGGUGUCAAAGCCAGCAUCUACGAGUGUCUGUCUGGUCUCUUGUGGGCUUUGACGUACUUUUCCCGCGUCAUGGCCUCCUCCACCGACCCCUCCUCAUUCGAGCAUUUCCUCCACAACCACUUUGCCGAGGAGCAGCCCGUCUUUUCUACGCCUACCGACUGGUUCGCUCGUGUUGCUGGUUUGACGUCGGCCAAUCCCGAAAUUGUUGCUUUCAAGGAACAGAUUGCCGAGGAUACGAAGGAUUAUCUGGGCAACAAAAUCACCUGGAUUAGCACCCGUUUGCCCUCGGCCUCUCUGCUAAUCGACGCAGCAAAGGACGGAGAUCUCGCUGCUCUGGCAAAGAUUGUAGCAGCCAUCAGCAAAUCCGGUACCGAUAUGGCGGAGGACAUGGAGGAGUACAUCACCGUUCGCACCUCCCUCUUUGCUGGCCUUUCCCAGAAUUCCAGCGCCGGCGACAGCAACGACAUCCGCCGCAUCGGUCUCGCGUUCGACCCCCGCCAGCCGUCCGAAUGGCAGAUGAACAGUUGGAAGAACUUUGGCGCCGACACGGAAUGGCGAUUUCCUCCUCUUCCGUCCUUUUCUUUCCCCUCUCUUCAAGCUCCUAUGGUCCCUACUAAUGCCUUUUCUCCUUCUGCAUCUGCCUCUUAUAGUCACCGCGACUACUUUAAUGUGACUAAACCCGAUGCUGUCCGGCGCGUGCAAGCUCGAUAUGGUAUCAGUGGAGGACUGUGGUUGCCGGCGAGGAAGGAGCAGAAGGAGGAGGUGUUGGUGCAGAUUAGUUUGCCGCAGGAGGCGAUGGGGGUUUUUGAGGGGUUGGUUUUGGAUGAGAAGUGGGUGGAGAGGUUUCAAUUGGCGCAUGCAGAUCCUCGUAUUAUUUUUGGUGACACGACAGCUCUGUGGCGUUCGUUGGCUUCCACUACCCCUGACGAUAACGGACGGGAAACAGAUAUGGAUCUCUUCCUUACCCAAGUCACUCGCUCCAUCCACUUGCUCGCCGCCAUGCUGUUCAUCCACUUCCUCUGCCUCUCGGCACUGGCCACGGCCACCACAUCCCCCAAACGCGGCCUCAUCUUCACCCCAAACAGCGACUGGCCCAAAGACGACCUAGUCUGGAUUACCGGCCCCAACAAUCUAACCUGGUACCACAACUACCAAUCCCUUCCGUCGUCCGAGUCCAAUUAUGCCGCCCUUUCCCAGAACCAGAUCGAGUUCGUGCCGACCAUGUGGGGAGGGAACGAGAAUGACACCGACUUCUUGGGAAAUGUGACGGCCCUGAUGGGGGUCGACUCGAGCAAAGACGAAGACAAGGACAAGACCAAGAGAGCCAGCGACAAGCGCAACAUAACCCACGUCAUGACCUUUAACAAACCCGACCAGCCCUUUGACGUCGGCGGUAGCGAAAUGGAACCCCGUGUAGCUGCCAAAGCAUGGAUCAAGAACAUCAUACCGCUUCGGCGGCUGGGAGUCAAGGUCGGUCUGCCGCUUGUCAAUCAGCCGUACACGAGCCAGACUAAACGAGAGGAGGGCAACAAAUCAUGGCUGGACAUGUUCUUUGCCAACUGCUCCGGGCUCCUGGACAAGGUGGAGGACGCAGAAGAGAAAACGUGCGGGUUCGACUUUGUGCCUGUUUAUUCUUUUGGGGAUUUUGAGAUGUUGGAAGAAAGGGUCGGGAUAUUUGAGAAUGCCUUCCCCGGCCUCGACAUCUGGAUCACCGAAUUCGGCAUCCCCUCCGAGACCCUUGAAAACACGCAAAAGUUCUACAACCAAUCCAUCCCUUACCUCGACAGCAAAGAGAGCGUCAAGCGAUAUGCCUGGUUCGGCGCCUUUCGAAGUAUCGUGUCCAACGUCGGUCCCAAUCAAGCCUUUCUAGAUGCAUACGGACAGUUGACAGAUAUUGGGAGCUGGUAUCUCGGUGGCAACGCAACGGGAAGAGAGGCCCUUCCGAGCGAGGACUACAAGGACGACAAGUGCACAAAGGAGAAGCCGUGUGGAGGGGAUGAGAAUGGGGAGGGAACAUUGCGGCCGAGCAGGCUCAUUGUUCUUUUGGUCGCCGUCUCCUUUUUGUUGGUAUAAUUGCUUUGGGGGGAUCUGUUCAACGCUUACGCUCACUGUGGCCCGGUGCCUCCCUGAUUCAAUUCGCAUCGCCCGCUUCCAUUACCCUCUCCUCGUCCACUCGCCGUCUUCCUCCCUCCUACUUCUGUCUGCCGCCUACUCAGCGCAAUCCCUAUACCACUCCCCCAACUCGGUAACACCCCCCUCAUCCCCCAACAGACUCGCCCACCUCCCCACAUUCCCAAUCGUCUCCGGUCUCAUGGCCCCAAACCACGCAUACCUCUCCACCCAAUCCAACGUAUCCAAAUACUUGCAACUCUCCUUACAAAAGUGUUCCACCUCCUCCUUGGGCAGCGGAUUCGCCUGGUCCCAAUUCGUGCACGCAAACUCGGUAAUCCACACGGGCUUGUCCGGCCCCAGCUGAUGAUGCGUGCUCCAGAUAUAAUCAUAAAACGCGCCCAAGUUCGCCCCGCCAUACCAAUGCAAACAGUAAAAGUCCACGUCGCUCCCCUCUGCCCGGAUAGCCGCCAUGAACUGCUGAAGCCAGGUGACGCCCUGCGGCGCUGAACUAAUUCCGGGACUACCCGCCCUGACUCCCUGCCGGCGUAGGGGCUCGAUAACCCGCAGCCAUUCCUGCGCUGCUAGCUCGACGGGCAUGUUACUUUGGUCGGUAAGCUCGGGCUCGUUAAACCCUAGCACUGUCGGCUGUCCGUUACAUUCGGGAUCCGGGUAGCAGGCGUUGAGGUGCGAGGGGAGCUCGUCGAUGUAGACGUGGUUCCAUUGCAUAGGCACGAAUUGCAGAGAGCAGCCUGGGCCGGUGCCGGGGGUUAGGCGCGGGGACCAGUUGUAGAGCCAGGAGAUGAGGGAGCCGGGUUUGGAGAAGAGGAAGGGCGGGUCGGGGGAGGCGACGGGAAAGGUUAGGCCGCGUUUGGAUGUCAUUUUGGGGCUUGGUUUGGGUGCCG